UCUGCAGAAGCUGCGAUAAAAAAUCUGCCAGAUGGCAGAGCUUUGUUGGAGCGUUGGUGGCGACAUUGGCUGUUCGUUCCGAGGUGUUCGAGCCUUGGCCCAUUACCCACCUACUGACAGCAGCUAAUAGUACGGGUAGAUCUGGUAGAUUGAGAUCCUAACGUCCAAGAAGCACCGUUUACCCGCAAAGUACAGCUGUAGUUGGUUGUGUACCCGACGCUAGUGUACGAACAUGGCGAAGAGCUUCCUUGAAGUCACGUCGGCACGAAGGUAUGCCAUGUUUCGCCCACACUAUCCGGAAGCCCUCCUACCCAAGAUAUUGAGCUACCUGACGCGACACAGUCCCGGGUUAUCAGCGCACAGCACUGCUGGCUCUAACUCUAAGCAACAGCUGGCUGUGGAGGACAUGAAAGUUGUGGAUGUGGCAUGCGGUGCUGGACAAUCUACAUUCUUCUUGGCAAAGGCUGGCUUCAAGAGGAUCCACGGAAUGGACAUAAGCCAAGCGCAGAUCAACGAAGCUACCAAAGCUCUGGGGAGGUGUGAUAACGCCAUACAGAGACAAAUAGACUUUCAAGUCAACGAUGCGCAUUCUGCCUUACCAUUCAAAGAGAAUAGCAUUGACAUGGUGGCUGUGAUCCAGGCACUGCACUGGUUUGACCACGCAGCACUAUACAAGAGUAUUGACAAGGUGUUGAAGCCUGGUGGGUCCUUCCUUGCAUUAAUGUACGGCCAUGCUGAGGUCCUACAUGAAGCAGCGCAGAUCCAAUUCCUUGAAACAUACUUUGGAGAACUUGGCAGAUAUUGGCCGCCAGAAGCAAGACAUGCCGCCUCUCUCUAUUAUGAGAUGCCUGUACCUUAUAAACCAGUGGAGAGGCUGUGGCAUAUCCUGGACUUUGACACGCCGGUGUCCAACCUGGCAGGCCUGAUUAGCUCCUACAGUGCAUACCACAAGUACAGUGCGCAGCACCCAGACACUACUAUUCUGGAUGACAUGGCAUACAGGGAACGGAAUGGCUGAGAUUCCGUUACAACAUGGUGCCGAAACCCGGGACGCAGAGGAUGAGUUAGUUUGUAGUGAGUCUGUUCGUCGUCGUCGUCAACAACGAAGUGACUGUUACUUUGAAGUAAACAGAGCGUGGGAGAGGAGGCAGAGAAGGUGAUGGACUAGAACAGUCACUGUGGACUGGAGCCUGAGACGGCAGGAACCGCUACGGAGCGUGCGGCCGUGGCUCGCCAGAGGACAGUGGACGAGUCUGGCGUCACCGACUGUGUGUCGUCCUUGUUGUUCGUCUUGUUGUCUUGCUCGCUGUGUUGUUCUCUCUCUGUUCAGUUCGUUGCUUGUUGCUGUGUUGUUUCAGUUUGGUUGUUGUCGGUCUGUUGCUCUUCUAUUCGUUCUGUUGUUCUCCAUUGUUUUUGUUGUAGAUUUAUUUGGUGCGGCUAUGCGCAUGUUAUUAUUUUGUUGGAGCUUCAGCUCCCGUGUUUCGGUUGGCCUUGUGUGGCGUGGCCUGGUUGUAGAGCGUCGGCUCUAGGUUUUUGUUUGGCCCUGUUUCGUGGCCCGGAUAUUAUUUUAGAGCGUCGGCUCUAGGUUGAUGGUUGGUUUUCGUUUUUCUGUUCUGCUGUGGUUCCUUUUGCUGUUGUGCAUGUGGAACGUGGUGUCGGUUUAUUAUUUUGUGGAAUGUCAUCAAGGGGGCAGAUGUUGUGAAAUGAUGUGUUGUUUUCCUGUGUGAUGGCAUUCCCCAAACUGUCUCGUCUAGUCGCGUGCAUGUGUGAUAUGAGCAUGCGCGAUUUUGUAGUCGAGAGUCCUUUUGUCAGUCUUCUUGUUCGCCUCUGUCAGAGCAGUUUGCUUU